AUGGCUAGUGCUCUACCUCAAGCCCUUCAAAAUAAUCAGAUACGAGAAAUGAAUGUAAGAAAUCAAGAUCUAGUGGCAUGGUUGAAAUCAGUUAGCCAUGCAUUUGAAGCAAAUAACAUUCAAGGUAAUCGUCAAAUAGCAGUGGUAGGUACAUAUUUAAUAGAAAUGACUGGGAAACUAGAAACACCAAAAAGUAGAGAAACUAUUGAUCAAUAUAUAUUAGAAAUGGUGGCCUUAUUUAGAUGGAUUAAAAUAGUGAGAAACCUGUAUUCUGAAGCAAUGAAGGCCCAAAUUUUUGUAAAGAGUUUACAACCUGAUCUGGAACUUGCAGUAGGAUUAUUUAUGCCAGAGACUUUGUAG